AUGACAAUGCUCCCAGCGACCACCAACCCAGCCGCCUCCCCGCCCAGAUUCAAAUGCGUCUGCUGCAAGAAGAAGGGCUUCAAGACGGCCGAGGCGCUGCGCAACCACCAGCAAGCCCGCGGCCACCAUCCUGUCGCGUGCCCGCUAUGCCCAAAAGUGUUCUGCGAUAAGCACGCCGUGCAGCAACACCAACACGUCCAUCAACGGAAGGCGGCUGCUGCUGCUGCUGCUGCUGCUGCUGCUGCUGCUCCCGAAGAAUCACAAGCUACAGCUACAACUACAACUACAACUGCCCUGAAGCAGGGACCUAAGCAACAAACGAACCCACCUACAACUACGCCCUCCAAGCCACAAACCACAACCCCUCCCCCCAGCAUCCCCAAAACACCCCACCACCCUUCCAUGCUCCACCCCCUCGAACAAGACCUCCUCUACAAAUACCUGCUCGCACGAUGCCAUCCCCGCCCCCGCCUGCAAGCCCAGAACUACCCCCUAGCACAGGCCCCCGGAAUAGACAAAAAGCCCACCCCACCCACCAACCCGACACAACCCCGCCGCAGAGCCGUGGUUCUGACCUGCGAGACCGAGCCCCAAGCAACGAGUUUGACACAUCUAACCGCCACAGACUUCUUGACUAAUGAAGCCCUCCUCCACCUAGAACUAGCUCCUGGGCCUGCAGAAGGGAUGCAGACCGCUGCAGCAACAAUAACAACAACAGCAUGCACCGACAAGACCAUCCGUGCAACUGUGACCGACGCCGAUGCAGCGCGAACAGCACUGUGGGAGGUCAUCGACGCGGACACGGUCCUCGUGGGGUAUGGGCUGCAGCGCGGGCUGCACCUGCUGCGGAUGGGGCACGAGCGGGUGGUGGACGCGGGGAUCCUGACGGCGGAGGCGGUAUUCCUGGAACGAUCCGCGGUGCCGGUGCGGAGGGUGUGGGGGUUGGGGGAGUUGUGUGGGGAGAUGUUGGGGUGGGAGGCAGCAUCAGCAGCAGCACCACCACCAACCAAGAAAAGCAAGCGGAAGAAAGGCUCGUGUGACGGGUGGGAAGGGUGUGUGGCCACCAGGGAGGUGGUGGUGUGGUGUUUGCGGAAUCCGGAGCUGUUGCGCGCGUGGGCGGAGGGCAAGGCUGAUGGGGAUUCGCCCACGAGCGAGACGGCGAAAAGCAAGCGGAGGAAGAACAAGAAGAAGAACAAGAAGAAGAGCAAGAGCAAGAAGCGCACGCAGAAAGAAGAUGGACCCGACGAACCAAGAAUUUGGACUACCGCAUCACCGGAGCCAGAGACAACCCCCACACUUGAACCACCACCACAGCCUGAAGAACCGGACGAAGACGAAGACUCCGACGAAGGGCUCGAGAUAGUCCAGUGGCAGGAUCUGGAGUGAUGUGUCCCCGUCUACAAACUACAACCUACAAUCUACGGGUACAGUCCCAUUUUUGAUCAAAGAUAGACCCUCGGCAUCCCGCGCCGACCAGCCCCACCCACCACCCACUAAUUUAGUCCAACCGUUGGCAACCAGUGAAC